CCCUGACAACUUGCUAAGUCUAGCUACACACAGUCUAUCCUUCACUUGACAACCUGAACAUCGAGGGAGCAGGACCUAUGAUAGUCGGCGGUCCAGAAGUACUGUUUUGAUAUAUCUUAGUGUUAAUUUCACUUUUUAAAAAUGUUCAAGAACACAUUUCAGAGUGGGUUCUUAUCAAUACUAUACAGUAUUGGAAGUAAACCCUUACAGAUUUGGGACAAAAAGGUGCGAAAUGGUCACAUAAAACGUAUCACAGACAACGACAUCCAGUCUCUAGUUCUAGAAAUUGUUGGUACAAAUGUUAGCACAACAUACAUCACAUGUCCAGCAGAUCCAAAGAAAACACUGGGUAUCAAACUCCCAUUCUUGGUCAUGAUCAUCAAAAAUCUCAAGAAAUAUUUCACAUUUGAAGUACAGGUUCUAGAUGACAAAAAUGUACGGAGGCGGUUUAGAGCAAGUAACUACCAGAGCACGACGAGAGUGAAGCCCUUCAUCUGUACCAUGCCAAUGAGAUUGGAUGAUGGGUGGAAUCAGAUUCAGUUCAACUUGUCAGAUUUCACACGAAGAGCUUAUGGAACAAAUUACAUUGAAACACUUAGGGUUCAGAUUCAUGCAAACUGCAGAAUCCGUCGUGUGUACUUCUCAGACAGACUUUAUUCAGAAGAUGAAUUACCAGCAGAAUUCAAACUAUACUUACCUGUACAAUCUAAGGGAGCGAAAUAACAUCAUUCUGACAUUAAACAUUGACAAUGUAUAUAUAUAUAUAUGCAACAAAUUUCAAAAAUGCUACUCAAGAAGAAGAACAAUGUGAAAAGAAAUUAGAAGAGGAAAUUUGUCGGGCAGUAGGAUCACCAGGAAUGGCUCAAGUCAAAUGUCAUUGAGCACUUGUAAUUCCUGCAGUGUUACAGUCAAAGAUAUUGAGUAUGGAAAAGGAUGGGAAGAUGCUACCAGAACAUAGUGCUGUCCUGUUAACUCUGACCAAAUACAAAUGCCAUGGCCAUUGCUAAAGUGUUCAUUUUACAACAAUUUCCAUGUACCUGCCCGUUGAUGAGUGCCACUGAAGACACUGACCAGCCACUAAACAUUUAAAUUUAAUAAGCCUUUUCUCCACAAGAUGAAAACACAAUCUCAGGAAUGCUUUUGGCAAAUGACUUUAGUUAAUCGGGGAAUGGCAAACCUUAAUGCUGAAUUCUGAAAAAGUGGACUUCUGCCAGAAGAAUUUUGAUAAUUGUUGGAAUAAAGAUAACUAGGAAUUUUUCUAGGUGUCUUGUAUUCAGUCAAGUUGGGGAUAUGUUGCAAUAUAUACUAAAUUACUUGUUUAACGUAUGUCCCAACUUUUCAUCACAGAAAAAUCUCAUUACAGUUCAGUCAUGGUAAUAUUCCAAAUGUUACUACACACAUAAUGAUCAAUUUGUAAAUACUUCCAUAGUAAAUAAAUUGUAUAUUGAUGUACAUACAUGCCAAAUA